AUGUCAUCCCUCACCAGCAACAACAAGGUGCAACUAGCCGCAACAGCCGUCGUCUCCGCAGCCGUCGCCGCCGGCGCAAUCCUUAGCUACCAACGACUCCAAAAAGACUCACGGCUCAACCGCUUAAAGCAGUCCAUCCCCAACCCAGGCGACGACGAAUCCGGCGUCCAAAAACUCACCCGCGUCGGCCCCCUCCCCAAACCCGACAAAGAAGACGAACACAACUUCCUCCUCGCCCAGCGCGCCCAAGCAGGCGACUUCGACGACGAGCUCAUCCUCGAGCAGCUCGCCCGCAACCGCGUCUUCCUCUCCGACCAAGGCCUCUCCAAACUCCGCAAUGCCUUCGUGAUCAUCGUCGGCUGCGGCGGCGUCGGCUCCCACGCCUGCGCCGCCCUCUCCCGCUCCGGCGUGAGCAAAAUCCGCCUCAUCGACUUUGACCAAGUCACCCUCUCCUCUCUCAACCGUCACGCCGUCGCCACCCUCGCAGACGUCGGUCUCCCCAAGGUCCAGUGUCUCCAGCGUAGGUUGUGCGCCAUAACACCGUGGACAAAGUUUGAUCUGAGGCUUCAAAAGUUUGAUGGGUCGGUGGCGGGUGAUCUACUCGGGGAUUGGGAAGGCGGGCAGAGGCCGGAUUUUGUGAUUGAUGCAAUUGACAACAUUGAGAGCAAGGUCGAGCUGCUCAAGUACUGUCACGACAAUGGGCUGCCUGUGAUUUCGGCCAUGGGGGCGGGCACGAAGAGCGAUCCCACCAGGGUGAUGGUGGGAGAUAUCGGGGCGAGUUUCGAGGAUGGGCUUUCCAGGGCGACGAGGAGGAAGCUGAAGCUUUUGGGGGUCACGAGCGGGAUUCCAGUGGUGUACUCGACCGAGAAGAUGGGCGAGGGCAAGGCGGCGCUUUUGCCGCUGUCGGAGGAGGAGUUCAAGAAGGGGGAUGUCGGGGAUUUAGGUGCGCUGCCGGAUUUUAGGGUGAGGAUUCUGCCCGUGUUGGGAACUAUGCCGGCGGUUUUUGGAUAUGUGGCUGCGAAUCAUGUCAUUUUGAAGAUCACCGGCUACCCAAUGGACUACCAACCCGCCAAGGCUCGCGACAAGAUGUACGAGGCCAUCCUCGCCUACGUCCAGGCCAGCGAGGAGAAGGUGGUGCGCAUGAUCGAAGGAGGCCGCACCGACGUCUGCGUCGGUCUCAAGGUGCCCAUCACACCCGGAGACAUCGCCUUCUUGAUCGAAGAGGCCUUCAGAGGCAGAAGUGCCGUGACCGGCGUCCCCACAAAGCUCAUGCUCAUCCGGUGGAGGAAGCCCGCCACCACCACCCUCGUCCGCAUCGGCGAGGGCAAAGACGAGCAAAAGUCUUCCAACCUCAGGCUCCGUGACUUGGUCUGCAUGACCAAGGAGGAGGCUGUCAGGCAUCAGAAAGAGGUGCUUUUGGGCGACAAGUCUCUCGAGGACCUCUACAGCCAAGAGGUCCUCGAGCUCGUGGAGAGACAGCAAAAGGAGGCCGAGGCCUAUGAACGGCACAGGCCUUGA